UAUAAAUAUUUUAUCUCUGGGUCUGAACAGGUUACAGCGAAAGAGUAGCAUGGCACGAAUUGAACACUGGCGUACAAUGAUCAUAUUGUGUUUGGGGGCGCAUCCCCGUUUUUGCAAUCGUUUUUUUUCUAUCAACCAUGUGGGGAUGAAAGCGAUUCAUUACUGGCUGCCGUAAGCGCACACACAGCCAGCGGGCCUAUCGCCUGCAACCUGUUAGCUAGAGGUCCCGACGAUACUCCCUCCGACUCGUGCGCUGCUGGACUGCUGGCGAGGACACAAUAGGAUGGAUGCCGCUAGCCUGCUACGUUAGCUCUGAAGACACAGUGACAUUGAGCAACAUUGCUUGAGAUUAUGCUGAGCAUCCUUGCAGCUGGCUCCAUAUUCUUCCCAGGCCUCUUCCUGCUGUCCAAGCGAUUCCUGAAACAUGCUCCUGGGCUCAAAUGGAGCGAGAAGGAUGCUGUCAUCGUCUCGUCCAGACUGGUGUCCUCCGUUCAGGCUAUUAUGGCAUCCUCUGCCGGGUACAUCAUCGCCUGUUCUUGUGAAGACAUUAUUGAGGACCAGCAUUGGCUUACCAGCAGCUAUAUCCUCUUUGCUGUCCCCUACUUCGUCUAUGACAUCUAUGCCAUGUUCUUGUGCCACUGGUACAAACUUCAGGUCAAAGAUCAUGAGGAGGAGAGCGAGGCCAAAUCGAUGAAGUCAGCCAUCAGCGGCUAUCUGCGCCGAGAGUUCCUUAUGGUCUUGCACCAUGUCGUCAUGGUUACUGUCUGUUUCCCUGUCUCUGUGUUCUGGAGACAGGGCAAAGGGGAUUAUUUCCAGGGUGUGAUGUUCCUGGCAGAACUCAGCACCCCAUCUGUCUGUCUGGGAAAAAUACUCAUCCAGUAUAAGCAACAGCACACUCUCCUACAUAAAGUCAAUGGAGCUCUUAUGCUGGUCACUUUCUUCAUCUGCAGAGUUCUUCUCUUCCCCUACCUCUACUACGCCUACGGCAGGUACGCAUCCAUCCCCUUCUACAUGGUGCCGCUGUCUGUGCCCUGGCAGUGUAACGCAGGUGCAGCUUUGCUCAUGGCCCCGCAAGUCUACUGGUUUUCCCUCAUCUGCAGGGGUGCCUUCCGUCUCUUCACUGGAGCCUCACGGCACAAAGCGACCCCUAGCAGCACAGACUCUGAACCGAAAACCUCACUCCUGCCCCCUGCCAACGGAUACAGCCCCAGAGAGACUGACUUGCACUGAGAAAGGAGUAGAGAUGGAGAUGUAGGUACGGGGUAGUUAGGUUUAGACCAAACAGGAGACUGAAGGCAGAUCAUCUUAUUACAAUGGGUGGAUCUACCUUAGACCCAGCGGUGUGGGUUAGCAAGCAAAGAAACCGAAGGUCUGUACCCUCGCUAUUCACCAUCAUCCUCUCUUUGAGAAGAAAAAUAAGACUGCAGACCAAACCAAACAGAUAGUUUUCUCCCUAACAUGCAUGUUCUCUGUGUUGGAGCAGUAGGUCAGGGAAAUGUCAUCUGCUGCUUUGAAGGGUUAGUGCAUCAUUUGUAGAUUACCAUGGUCAUAAGCUUCAGAAAAAGGGACUGAUGUGGAUGCAACGGGGACAGUAUUUCUAAUGAGUGAUGGAUGGAAGGAUUGAUAGAUCCCUCCUGUUCUCCUCUCUGAGAAUUCUCCUCUCUUGAGAGUCUCUCUCUGUUUGUUACAUUUGCAGAGAAGAUACGAAAAGGAAUCAGAAAUUUCUCAGUCGAUUUGUACAUAAGUUUUUAUUCAUAUUUACGUUGAAUUCCAAAUAGAUUUUUAAUUUAUUUUAGAUUUUUGUAGAAUCUGUUUAUUUAUUAUUUAUUCAGUUCUAUUCCUAAUUACGGGUGGAUUAGUUUAAAACAAAACCGUUCACUUCUAAAAAAAAA